AAAGAGAUUGAUCCUCACUUGAUUAUAAAAGCAUUCAAUUGUUGUGGUAUCUUGGUUAAAAUGGAUGAAACAGAGAAUGAUCUGGUUUUUGAUUAUAAUAAAGUAAAUGAGAAUUCAGCAAGUGAAAACAAUAAAAAUUCCGUACCAAUAAAUUUUGAUGAUAUUGAAGGCAAAAAGUAUGAAAAAGUUGAAGGUAGCAAUAAUAUUUGGGAAUAG